AUGAGCCUGCGUCUGCCCCUCCUUGGGGUAGCCAACUUCGCCACCAUCAUCAGCGCCUACGCCCCAACAAUGACCAGCUCGGACGAAGCAAAGACCAAGUUCUACGAAGACCUGCGCACCCUUCGGACGUCUGUGACGCAGGCGGACAGGCUGGCUACCCUUGGUGACUACAAUACCCACGUGGGGACGGGCUGCGCUGCCUGGGGGGAGUGCUGGGUCCUCACGGAAUCGCCGCCGGCAAUGACAAAGCUCUCUUCCUUCUCCUGGGAACCUACAGUUAGUGACCUAGCUCAUGAAAUAUUUCGAAAUUUACGAAUGAUUUCCAAUCACUCACAAAUCGACACCAUUCCAAGAGUCCAAUGUCCAUGUUAAUUAAAUAAAAGUUUAAAAGAAUUAAAAACAUAAAAGAAACAUUAAAGGCAGUGUGGCGUUGUCUAGAAAUGCCGAUUGAUUUUGAGAAGCGUAAUAUCCCGAAAACGUCAGAAAUGGCUCUAAUUAAGUAAAGUCCGUUUUUAAAUGUAUAGAAUUUAUUCUCAUACCAAAAACGUGGCAAAUAUGAAAUCAGACAUAAAAUAACGUCUAAUAACAGUGUUUUAGUGAAGUUUUCAUCUAAAUAUCGUUUAAUAAGUAGUGUGAUUUCGUAUAUGACGGUGUGUCAACUGCCUACUUUCUGAGAGCAGAUUCCAAAAGAGUUUUCCAGUGAGUCCUCUUGUUUUCUAUUUCUUUGAAGUAAAUGAGAUGAAGUUUAACAAAAGACGCUGGAUUUUGCUUGAUUUCACCGAUGGGGACGUCGUAGGAUUUAAAUUUUUCAUAAGGCGACAUGCCAUGUGGCCGGUCGGUGCCUAAUAAAUUAAAAUAGAACUAUCAGGCGUGAUCGUAAACAGACCAUUUUUAUAUUGACUCAACUGUGAAAAACGGCGCCUCGGUGGGAUUCGAACCCACGCAGUAAGUAGAAGGCUUUAGUAUAGGCAACGCUCUAAACACUUGAGCUACGAGGCCCAGCCGGACGACUCGAGCAUGAGUCAGACAGUGCCAGCUUUGUAAGCUGAUUGAGUGGUUAACGGGGUUUCUAGACGCCUGCGCUUGGUUGUUCUAAAAGCUACGUGUGCGUGUGGUCCAGCCACCCUGGAGCUGUGGUCACAUGUUUUCUAGGGGGAGGGCUUAUAUGCGCCCCAGGCCCCACAGGACCUCUUCGCUUCCGGCUGCUCUACGUUUUCCCAGGCCAUCAUGGAGGAGAAGACAGUGGUCCUGCAGCAGUCGGCGCCAAAUACUGACUAG